AUGACCUCUACCGAUACCACCAAGCCUUGGCAUUCAGGGCCAGCGGAUGGCUGGCACGGCGUCAUUGCACCUGGCUCUCGCUUCCCACCCGCAGCUGACCGGUACCACUUGUAUAUCGGGCUCUUCUGCCCCUUUGCGCACCGAGUCAACCUGGUCCGUCUGCUUAAAGGGCUGGGAGAUAUCCUGCCCCUCUCAGUCGUCAAGCCAUACCCCAAGGGUGAUGAUAACGGAUGGCCCGGCUGGGAGUUCCCCGGCUGCCGUGGAACAAGUGACACCUAUCCCGGCGCAAUUGAAGAUCCUCUGUUUAGCUCCAGAUACAUGCACGAUGUGUAUUUCCGCGCCGACAAGGGCUAUAAGGGUCGCUACUCUGUCCCGGUCAUCUGGGACAAGGUUGAAAACACGAUCGUGAACAACGAGAGUAUCGAGACCCUUCGGUGGUUGCAGACUGCAUUCAAUGACCUGCUCCCGCAGGGGAGCCCACAGCAGCUCCUCAACUUGUACCCCGACCACCUCAAAUCAAAGAUCGAUGAGGCUACGGCUUGGAUCACGAGAGAUUUCAACUCUGGCGUGUACAAAGCGGGCUUCGCCACUGACCAGGAGACGUACAGCAAGAAUGUCCCCAUUGUGUUUGCGGCGCUCAACCAGCUGGAGCUCUUGAUUCAAUCAAAUGGAGGGCCGUAUGUUCUCGGAAAGGAUCUGACGGAGCUCGAUGUCCUGGUGUAUGCAACGGCUAUUCGAUUCGACAGUAUCUACGUGCAACAUUUCAAGUGCAACCUCGGAACGAUCCGCGCUGAUUAUCCCGUGGUCAACGAGUGGUUGAAGAAUCUGUACCAUAACGUGCCUGGAUUCAAGGAGAGCACCGAUUUCAAGCACAUCAAGGAGAAUUAUACAAAGAGCCACGCCAAGAUCAAUCCGUUGGCCAUCACACCGCUUGGCCCGUACCCUGAUAUUCAGAACUUGCCUGUGAAUUUGGAUUUCAAGGGUAUCAAGGCCGGUUCAAUCGAUCACCCGCUUGUCCUCGCGCACCAGAAGACUUUACCGGGUAUUUAA